AUGGCACUCAGAACAUUGGUUGUCGGUGGCACAAGUGGAAUUGGCCUAGCUCUGGCCCACCACGUUGCUGCAACCUCCAAUGCUGUCGUCACCGUCUGCGGUCGUACCAAACCCGCCAACUUAUCGUCAAACAUUGAAUUUUCACCAAUUGAAGCUACUUCAAUGCGCGGAAUCAAGCAAUGGGCCGACAACUUCAAAGACAGGCUCGCGGGGCAUCGGAUUGCGUUGCUCAUCCUGUCUCAGGGAACUUCAAACUUUGCCGGUCGCGAUGAGACCGACGAGGGCAUUGAUCGCAAAAUGGCGCUUCACUAUUACGGUCGGCAACUCAUUGUCCGUGAACUGACCCCGGUUCUUGAACAAGAUGCAAAGGUCCUAUUCAUCUUGAAUGGCAGGGAAGGAUCUCCGGCUCGUAUAAACUGGGACGACCUCGAUCUCAGAACAAGCUACUCUAUGAGCACGGCUGCCCAGCAGUGUGCUACUAUGCUCGACAUUAUGGUUCAACACUACGCCACUAUACAAAAGGGUGAUGACAAACGGCACUAUGCGCAUGUGUAUCCGGGAGGAGUCUUGACUGGUCUUACAAGAGCCUGGCCGUGGUAUAUGAGAGCAGCUGUUAAGGUGGUUGGCCCCUUGAUCGCUGUGAAGCCCGAGACGUGUGCUCAGCUAUUGUUGGGGAAUCUGGACAAGGUCGCGAGUGAGAGUGGGAGAGAAGGGUAUUUUUGGAGUAACAUGGAUAGCGAUGGGAGUGUCAUCAAGAACAAGGCUGUCUGGAGUCAAAGCCAAAGGGAUUGUCUUGCUGAACAUACAUGGAGCACUAUCGAUAGUGCUCUCAAUAGCCGAUGA